ACCGCCGUUUUCUGUUUUGUGAUCUUAAAAAACCCGUUCCUCUUCUCAUCUCUUCACUUCACUUCACCUCCGUUUAGGUUCGAUGUGCAGCUUUAAUUCACGAGUUAUUGUUGCAAAGAUUACUCUCAGAUCUCGCCGCUACCGUUUUCCUCGCGUUCAAUCUAUAUAUAUCAGCUUCUCCAGAGGACGAUUGCACCUUCAAAUCUUUGUCAGUUUAUCAUUUUCUAAACCCUAGAAAGUUUGUCAGAUAUGGCUUCCUCCGAUGUUGUUCUCGGUCACUCCACCUUCGAUGCUCUCCGACUGGGUAGAUCUGCCCAGAUGAUUGUUGGUCGUCUCCUCCGUUUCUGGGACUCGAAAAACAUCAAGAAGCAAGGUGAAUUCAUGGGCAUCACUCUCCUCUUCCUUGACGAGAAGAAUUCCGUCAUACAUGGAUUCAUUCCUGCUGGUCGCGCUCCUUUUUACCGUCCGUCCUUGCGAGCGGGUUCAGUUGUUAGAGUCUCCCGCUUUGAAGUUGCAAGAUGUACAAAUAUGUACAAAAUUACGGAUCACCCUUUUGUGAUCCGGUUCAUCCCCCAGACAACCAUUGCUGAAGUUAUCGAAAAUGCUCCUGUCAUCAACGUUGAGAAAUUCAUGCUGCGUUCGUUUGACCCCCUCCAAGCUCUCGCGAACACUAAUUUGGAACUUCCAGAUGUUGUUGGGCAAAUUCAGUAUGUCCAAGGUUCGGACUUGCAUGACGCUACGGUUACGACCCGAGUGGUUAUUCGUUUCCUGAUUGAACCGUACGUAAUUUUGUUAACAUUUCUAGGGCUGUUUAUUUUACAUAUUUUUAUUUACUACUCGUGUAUCGAUACGAAAGAAGGGAUUAGGAAAAAAGAAGUCCUCUCAAUAGGAGAGCUAAACAAGUUCAUUUCCAAUUCUAACGAGCAGGAAGCUGAAUUCAUUUGCAAGGCUCGGGUUGUUGAUGUCCUGCAGCAAAAUGGGUGGUCUUUCGUUUCUUGCACUGGCUGCAGCAGGAAGCUAGACAAAGAUGGGUCUUCUCUUCGUUGCAACCGUUGUGUUAAUCCCAACAUCACCGGUGUCAUCAAGUAUCGUGUUGAACUUUUAGUUGAUGAUGGGCAAGAUAACGCCACUUUUGUGGUGUUCGACAAGGAAAUGCUUAAACUGACUAAGCAAGAUGCAGCUGCCCUAACCCUCAAUGAGAUAAAUGGUGGUGGUGGCGUGGAACUCCCACAAUGCCUUAAAGACCUUGGUGGACAAGAUUUUGUCUUCCAGAUACGUGUGACACCAUUCAAUUUCACACCAAAUCACCGUACUUUCACAGUUUCUGCAAUCGUUGACACCAUCGUUCCCGAGACUUUCAAGACCAAUGCAGCUGAAUUAGUUCAGGUGGAAGGUGGUGAAGCAUCGGCAACUGGCAGCAAUAUGACAGGCAUCAACAUGACUGGAGGUGAAGAGAAAGAACCAAAUCCUUCAAAUUCUGGAGGCAAAGGAGGUGUCCGUAAACGUACCCGUGAGUGAAGUUACAAAGCUGUCGCAGCGUCAACCCACUUCUGCUUUCUUUGCUUUCCAAUUUCCUUACGUACUAUGUUUUUUUUUUCCCAGACUUUGCAUUAGUUUUUAUAUUUGAAGGUUUUUUCUUUUAUUAAGAAAC